CAGCAAAAACCACAAGCACAACCACAAGAAGGUCUUCUGUUCCAGUUUCCCGCCCUGUGAUUUAGUGACUUGGUUGCCUGUUUGGGUAAUACAUUGGUGGGACCUCCGCGGCGACUAUCAUUGACUGUAGUCGGGUCACGGUGCGUCGGGUCUGGUGCGAUUUACGGCCGAUCCUUAAAUAGUGAUCUGUCAAUGUGGAUGUGGGUGUGUUUUCCACUUUUUGCCUCUUCUGUUCGGUUUCUGCUGCGCCCGUCCCCAUUUCGCGGUUGCCCUGCAAUGGCAGUCACGUCGCUAGCAUCGUGUUCUCUUGGAUCCGCUGAAUCAAACUAUGGGUUCCAUUCCCACCCAGUGGUCUCAGGGCUAGCUCUGCCAGAGACACUCGGGAGUGAAACGACCAGGCGCCCUCCUAUCCCUAGACCACUUUACGGGGGGAUGGUAUUGCGUAAGCAUCUGCGGAGACAUUGUCACGGCAAGUGUGACGACGAUGAUACAUCAGGCUCCAGAAAGAGGAGGUGACCGUGGUGCAGUGGUGAAAGUGACGAUGAUGGUGACUUGAGCUUCAAGCCCCUCUUGAGGGGCAACUAGGCUGGAGCAACCGCCCUUAGUUAAGGCAAUGUGCACCGGGUCAAGGCUGUUCCUGGGUUAGUUUAAU